AGGCGAUGAGGAGCUGGUUCAACUUGACUGCCCAGGAGAUCCAGCCCCUGUACUACCACACCGAGCUGGAGGGCCAGGGCUGGCUGAGGAGCCGCGGCUGCCCCGAGGACGCCUGGAACGGAGGCUGCUCACUGCUGCUGGACGGACUCAUCCCUGCUACACGCACAUCUCCAGUUUGUGCAAAGAUCUUCUCCCUCCAUGUACCCCUGGCAUCCAAGACUCUGGUGACCCUCGUCUACAAGCCAUCCACUGGGAUCACAGUUUCCCUGGAGCUGAAGACAGCAGAUGCCAGUCUUUGCACACACUUGGACGUCCAGGAUGUCAAACUUACCAGCGUGUCUCCUGCGGUACUGGAUGAGGGGCACCAGUUGGUGAGCCAGUUCUCUCAGCUGUGUGGCAACUUGAGUCCAGAUGGUUGGACUGUCAGGUGUUCGCAGUUGGAGCUCCGCGGCUGUGCUCUUAGAGAAGUUAGUGUCAACAUCCAGCGGGAUGGAGAGCCUCAGGACACACCUUUCAGCUGCAGGGUGGGAGAAAUCAUGCUUUUGGAUGUAGACAGUCUGCAAGUUCCCCCUGAGCGUGUUCAGGGCUUGUGCAUUUACGACGUGGUGUGGCUGCGCGGGGCUGGUACCUUGUCAGAGUCCACCUCUCCCUGCCUGCACCUCAACGCCACACUGCGCUGGGACUACCCGACUGAGCUCGUACGUCACUUCAGGGUGUACUGGCGACGGCUGAGAGGACCUGAUCCCCGAAUCCGCUCAGGUCAGCUGGUUCUGGUGGGCCGGGCAUAUUCUAAUCUUUUUAGAGUAACGGAGCUGGAGGUGCCGGAACCACCCGGCCUGCUGGAGCUGGUGGUGGAGCCCGUGAUCAGGAAGGGUUUCCCGGUCCCAGAGAGGGACUGGGGAAGAAGAAGCCUCAGCUAUACAGAUGACUUAACACAGUGACUUCACAUAACCGCUUCUCCUCAUGGAAACCAACCAUGGCUCUGAUGUGAAAAUCACCGUUCCCAAGUUGGAGCCUACACUUGGUUUUGGCUCAAAAGUUUUCCGGUUGGCUACUUAUUCCGCUGAUGUCUCAAAACUUUGGAUUUUGGGGGAGAAGGCAACGUGGGGCUGUUGCUAAUGUGCUCGAAUCAUUCCGCCUUGCUUUAUUGCACCUACUGUAACCAAUCCUAUAUUUUCUGUCUAUCUACUGUCCACCUGAGCUUUCAGUCAUAUCACAUGGCUUUCAUCAGGGCAACAGAUUAAAGUACAAAGCAUGUUAACGGAUGACAACUGGGUAAAGAAGCUGAGGAACUUCUGAUAUGGUUAAAAGCUGCAGGAAACAACUAGUAUGUGGAUCUGAAAGAGACAGUAUUUUAUUAAAUCAAGAGUACCAUGAGAAGAUUGAUACUCUUAAGUGGAUGAUUAUUGUACCCAAAUUUAUUAUUUUUCUCGUGCAGAUUACCAUCUGACAGACAUUUCAAUAUUACAUGAAAACAGUAAUGAAACGGACAGCUUCACUAUUAACUGAAUUUUGACUGUUUAAAAACAGCCGUUUCAAAUGUUUUCACCAUAUGCUGACCCAAAUUGAACACCGUCAGACAACCUGAUUACUAUAAUCAAAUUGAGACAAUAUUUAUAUAGGGAUGAUUGUCCCAAGCAUUUUGAUCCAUACAAGCUGUGAAUCACUAACUGAUCACUUAUACGCGGCUUCCACUGUACUAACCUUUAUGAUCCACAGAUGUGCUUGAUAAACUGUAUGUUAGUGAAAUGCAUGCACAAAAAAAAAAAAAAAAAAAAAAGUGAAGUGAGAGUAGUGUACAUCUUCAUGUUUGUUGGUUUAAGGAGAAGGUUCAGCAAGAACACUGGAUAACUGAAGAAUUUUCCAGAACUGUUCUUAAGACUUCGAAAUGCGAUGACCUUCAUGACUCCAGCUACCCUGCCACGUCAUAACACUACAGGUGAUCAGUCAUUCUGUAUUCACGCGUUUAGAUCCAGUUCACACAUUUCAGGUCAACAUGGCCAAACCAGGUGCAUCACAGUAAGUUGACUGAACACUUAAUUUAGAUCAAUUUGUCUACAUUUGUUUUAACUUUGAUAUUAAAAAGUCUGCACUAGAAGUACAGCUGAGGCAGAGUUGAGCAGGUGCGUGGUCACAUUUGAGGAAGACCUUUUGAGCUGAUGGUGGAUAGAUGAAAAGUCAAGGGACUGCUGAGGUGAUUACAAGUCAUCCUGAGGAGAAUGUGAUUAUCUGAAGCUAAUUUUAUAGAAGUAGGCGUCAAGAACUAGUAGUUGAUGUGGAGAAAGUGCCCUUACAUAUUGUUUUCCAGGUUUCUCAGGUGUGUGUAGUAAGGACAACAUCUUUCAUCUGUCUGAUUCUGUGCCAGAUAAGAAGCCUCAACAGCAUUUACAAAAGAGCCAAAUGUCUUUAUUGUUAUGGCUAAAAUUUACACAGGUUAUUACUGUUUCUUGAUUUGGUUCAGCAGAAAGUGGACUAUUAAAAAGAAAAGGUCA